GAUAUAUAUCGCCAGACGGGCCUAAGAGCACUUUGUGGAGAAACGAAUAAUGGACGUUAAAAAGAAGACGAGGUACAAAAUGUUGGUUAAAGAUCUUCCUGUGGAGGUUCUCUUGCAGCUUUCGCGGCAUUUGAAUCCAAGAAUGCCCAUUGGAGGUGACUGGUGGAGUCUAGCUGGAGCUAUGGGGUAUAAAAUGAUAGACAUUUUAAAUUUCGAACUAAAACCCGAUCCAACACUCAGCGUGUUGAGAUCUUGGUGGAGCAAUGAAAACAAAUAUGUCUCAGAUUUGCUUAAAUUAGUUGGAAACAUUAGACGAGCAGAUGUCACUAAGUUGCUAAAGCCGCACGAGUUUUGUGUGGAACCAGAUCAAAAACAACCCUCUGAUGCAGAGAAAACAUGCCUGGAAAACGACCUUUCGCCCAGCUUUUCCAGACUGUUACAUUUGCCUUUGGAAAAUGGUCAUUCAGAUAUGAAUUCAGCAGAAAAUUUGGCGGUCUCAAGCUCUGUUCGUAAUAGUCUUGGGAAAAAUGGUACCAAUAGUGUUGAGCCCAAAGGGACACCAACAGAGAGUUCUUUUAAUGCAAAAGCAUAUGUUGUCUCAGGGGAGACAGUUGUAAGUGACGAAUCACAAGACGAGCUCGAAGAAGAAGUAACACAUUCUGAGAAUGCUAAUUCGCACAACAGGAUUUCACAGAGAGCUACAAAUGUUACUGAUAUGUGUGUUCAGACACAAGUCCCAAGCCCCACAGCUGCUUUGGGUGCUCCGCAGUUCCCAACACCAGAGGGUGAGACGACAAGAUUUGAUAUUCAGUCCUCAGAGCGCCUUACCGCACCCAAUGAUAAGAUUGCACUGGUGAUAGGCAAUCAGAACUAUAAGAAGCCGAAGUACAACCAGCUUUCAUACACCCGUAAUGAUGCUUACGACAUCGCUUCAGCUUUGGAGGAUCUUAAAUUUAAAGUUAUCAGUCUUGUGGAUUUAACGUUAACUGAAAUGCGAACGAGCAUGCUCGCUUUUUGUCGUCUUCUUGGAAGUGGGAUCUAUGCAGUUAUCUAUUACGCUGGCCAUGGCUUCGAGUUAGAUGGGGAAAACUACUUGCUUCCUGUGGAUGCUAUGUCGCCCGAUCCUAAUGAAAGUAUAAGAGCGCAAGAAUUUCUACAAGAAAUGCAAAGCUGUGACACUUUGCUCAACUUGAUGUUUCUUGAUUGCUGCAGAACUAGGGCUAAAGACAACGAGGCUCCUCGGUGCUCGUUAAAACGUGGCAGACAAGGAAACACCAUUAUAGCGUAUUCCUGCUGCACGCAGCACGUGGCCUUUGAAGAACCAAACCAGAAAAACGGAGUUUACGCAAGAUAUCUAUUGAAGAACAUACGACGCGAUGUAAGAAUAGAAAACAUAUUGAUGGAUGUCAGUACAGCUGUCGUCCAAAGCAGAUCCGUUGCUCAGAGGCCGACGUACGAAUCAGACGCUUACAUGGAAUGCCGGUUGACAGCACCAAUCCUGAUUUUAGAAGAAGACAUUCACAAACUAAAAGAAAGGUGCCAGCUUUGGCAAGAAGGAAACAGCAUACCAGCUCCGAUGACGAUUGAAAUGGAUUCGGCAGUGAUCAAACUUUACUUCCAUAGAGCAUUUAGCAAUGUCAUGAUCACUGAGAUUUUUGUCACAAACACGGGGGAAAAGGAAAUAAAGAAUUUUAGGUUUUCUGUCAGCGCUUGUGAGCCUCUUGAUGUCAACGUAAUGAGCGACAAUACAGAUAUAGAACCAAUGGGACAUGAAAAAUAUGUUGGAGGAUUCAGGAUUUUGCAACUGCAGAAGCUUUGGAAUGAAAGUUUGUUCUUAUCGAUUGAAUUUCAAACUGACGAGGAUAGUGUGCUGAAAAAGAUAGACUUUGGAACACCGUUGAUUACAGGAAUUACAGGUUCCUUCCAUGAGUGGAUCAAAGACAGAAAAUCUGAAGCCCUGUCGGGGGCGAAAUCUUCAUGGAUUUAAUGCACCGUUUGUGGAGCGAUAUUCAGAAGCUCAAUGAGCCGAUUCUUAGGCCUUUUCAUUGGUCUUUUCGUUUCUGCUUAAUUGAAUGUAAAUGUUAGGUUCUUAGGCAGAGAAAGAAAACACCCUUUGUAUCCUGUAUGUAGUAGAUGGUCCCAGACUAGUUCAUAUAGCGAAUUUAGCGGGGACCUAAUAGUUCUUCUUAUGUUGCUAGAGUAGCUAAUGGUGUUUCGUAAAAGUAAUGCAUUCGACGAUCCGUCACCGUAACCUCUGUGCAUGAUGAAGUGUACGUAAAUUUUGUUGAUAGAUUUCUAAAGAA